CUUGGACUGGGUAGACUGGAGACGAUUCCUAUGUACAGCAGAGAUCACUCAGGCCUUAGUCUGACCGGUAUGGUCAUCAAAACUGCCGAGAUAGAUGCUGGGUAAAAAGUGCGAAAAUAGAGGCACUUAUGGUGUAAUAAAAGAGGCAUUACGAUAACCCCAUUCAGUUUGGCUGUUAUUUACGUGUCGCUUGUAAGCUUCACAACAAAGAUCAUCAUGUGUGUUAGUUUUCCACAAUGAGCGUUUUUCUCGUUUUAUCCUGCUCAUUACCAUCACCACAAUCCGAUUACGAGUUUUCCUUAUUUACUUUUUCCAACUGCCACGGGCACCACAAACAGUAGCAUACAAGGGAUCGUGAUCUUCUGGCACUCAGCAUUGCUGCUGGUGUUCUUGAUAUUCCGAUCGGCAAUAAAAAAAAUUCAAACUCGCGUGACACAACCGACGACAAGCUGCACAUUAUGGAAGGUUCCUAGCGGAGAAACAAACGUGCGUCGUCGUCGUCGUCGGUCGAUAGGCCACAUGUGCACACGAUUCCGAAGAUGUUUGUUCCUUUUUACCAGAUCCUCAUCUAAGAUACGACGAUCGCGCUACUCUUAUUUUAGUCAUUCGUUGCAAGAAGCUCGAUCCGACAGGACGUGUUUUCCUAUUAGUCAUCCGGGGUUUUCAGAGUUUUCCCGAGUUUCCCGCGCGGUGCCGGUAACAGUUUUUCAGUUGAUGUUGAAUUUUUGUUCGAGUUUGUGUUAUGGUUUAUGUUGAGUGCGUUUUUGUUGAAGAUGUUUGAAAAUAAAGUGUUUGUUGCUGGACAAAUGGGUACAGAACAGUUUGAUGUUACGAGGUGUGUCGAUAUAGGUGUUCAAAUUUCGAACUUCAGUAAUAUGUCUUUACUUACGCCUACGACACCUGGUACCUUCAAAGACCCGGUAUAUUUUGGUGAAAGAUGUCCAAAUUCAAAAGUGUUCUACAGUGGAAAGAUGAAAAGUUCGUUUUCUCCGCCAUCGUCCAGUCAUUCUUCGUUCGAAGAUAACAAUGCUGAAAUGGACGAUGAGUCCGACAUGGUAAAUGCUUCCGAGUCAUCAGCCAACAAUUACAACCAUCAGCCAUGUAUGAUGCAGCAGAAACAUGAAGAUUUAUAUUUCAAGUUUGAUCCAGAGUAUAUUGAAAAGAUGCAAUCCUCGGUGUGUAUGUCACCAGCAACGACGAUUGCCACUCCACUGACUUCCAACAGCGUCGUCAACUCUGAAUACUACAAUUUCAACGACGUGAACUGCCAAUCUAAGAAUCAAAGCCCGUGUUCAUCACCUCCGCUUGACCCAUGGAUUACAUCUUCGCUUUCCAUGGGAUUUCCCAACCUAGUGGAUCCAAAGCCAUCCAACUCACCGAAACAAACCAACGUUGGAAUCCAUUCAGGUUGGCAACAGCUACCUUCAAUCAAAUCUGCCUUCGGUAAUUCCAUACAGUUUGACGACAGCUCUAAAAACUUUGGGCUACAUUCAGCUCAUGCAAAUUACAUGAUUGAUUACUUCGACACCAGUUUUCUGGACCAAUUCAACCAAAAUGUGGAGAUAAGCGGAAACAGUUCUCACACAAAUAACAGCAAUGAUGCGUAUCAGCACCCGGUAGAAAAUUACAACACUUCACUGCCGACGGAAAAACCAAACCGUGAGUUUAAAGACAUUUGGGUGCAGCAACACCAGCAGCCAUGCCAUGAAUCGGUUGAACACAACAGAAAAGUUUCCAUCAAACAGGAAACGCAAGAGGAACCGGAAGAUGAGCCGGAAAAUGAUUCGGAACAGGUGCUGGAGUGUCUUUGGACGGAUUGUAAUUUGAAAUUUCCGGACCAGGGAACGCUGGUUGGUCACAUCGAGAAGACGCACGUCGAGGUGAAAAAGGGGGAGGAGUUUGCGUGUUUCUGGCUGGACUGUCCGAGGCGGUACCGCCCGUUCAAUGCGCGGUACAAACUGUUGAUACACAUGAGGGUGCAUUCCGGAGAGAAGCCGAAUAAGUGCCCGUUUUCUGGAUGUGAAAAGGCUUUUUCUCGACUCGAGAAUUUGAAAAUCCAUCAACGAUCACACACGGGCGAGCGACCUUACAAUUGCCAGUACUUUGGUUGUUCCAAAGCCUUCAGCAAUAGUUCCGAUCGAGCGAAACACCAGCGAACCCAUUACGAUACGAAACCCUACGCCUGCCAGCUUCCAGGGUGUUCCAAACGAUACACCGAUCCGUCCAGCCUUCGCAAGCAUGUGAAAAACCAUGCCUGCCGAGCGGAAGGACACGGACGUCGGAAGUCACACAAAGAUUCGCUAGCAACGCAUAGCUCCUCGGUAUCCAGCACAACCAUCGAUUCUUUACGACGGCAUUCCGAGUCAUCGAUCAAUACCCAGUACGAACCUCCGCCGACUCCAUCGCAGGUGGACACGAGCGGUGAAAACGCGUUCGAGUUUGAUGAAGUUUUCGACGACGCCCCUACCCAGCUGGUUUCCGAUCGAGUUGAGUAUAACGGCAACUCGAACCCCUCGGUAAACGGUUUGAACUUCAACGAUAUGUCCAGUUGCUUCAUGAAAAUGAUGCAACCGGAUCACUGCUCUAGCCCCGGUGAAAAGCCCUGCCAAGAUGAGUAUAUUUCGUAUGAAUGCGUGAAAAACUUCCUCGGCGAGGGUAACUAUCUGGAAGAAUACCAUUUGGAAGACAGUGCAAUCAAUGUGGAUGUAGAUCAUAGCCAAAAGGUGAUUUCACCGUUUGAAUACGACUUUUUCAACAAUGUUGUUUGAGUUUUUUGCUUAGCGUUCAUAGAGUUGUAAUAUAUUUUAGUCUACUAUUUUUGUAACAUAUACCAAAUACCAAAGAGAACUCCGUACUUAGAAAAUGUAGCUUUAAAUCUUGGUUCUUCCAAAACUAAAAGUUGUUUUUAAAAGGAAUGUUUUAAAUCGAUAGUUAUUAUGAUUCGAAUACCUGUACAACCCAACCAAUCCAAAGGACAUUGCCAAAAAUUUAAUUAACAUAUAAGCAUGUUUGAUAGAUAAGGAUAUUGAUGUAUACAAUGGAACAAAGGUACUGUUAUGAGAUUAUUAGAAAAUUUAUUCUGAAAUUCGAAAACAAAACAACCGUGAAAAGACAAAAUGUAAUUGUUACAAGAGUUCAAAAAGCAUUUGUGAUCAUACAGAUAGAUGUUGGAUUUGAGACGUCAUUUGGCUUGCAUUAUACAGCGUCGGUGGAAAUCGUUAUGGAAAAGAGUUCAUGAUUUUAUAUGUAUAUAAUUUUGGCGAACUCAAAUACCCAAUUAUACCAAUAAAAUAUAAGAUCUCCAUAGUGUAAGUUUAAAAACCAUCAAAUAUACGAAAUUUAUUUGUAUUUCUGUUACCUUUUGUUUUGAAAGAACAGUUAUUCCCAUUAAGUCAAUUGAAAAAGAAAAUAGUU